AUGAAGAAGAAGUUCAACCAGAGGUUAACAAUAUCGGCAUCCCAAUUGAGCAGUAUGGAAAAGGAUAUGAUGCCAAAAAUGGGGUAUAAGGGCAAUGGCCCUAUAGGCAAAAUAAAAGAAGGUAUCCUCGAGCCCAUUCAACCUCCUUCUCAACAUGCCAAAGACAAAUCAGGAUUAGGUUAUGGGCAGAAUGAUCUAGAGCAAAAACAAGAAGAAGUAGCACGCAGACGACAAGAAGAGGAAAAUGAGCAAAGACAAGAAGAGCUUUCCAUCAAGAGGGAAGAAGAAGUCGCUAGCAAACAACAACAAGAAGCAACUUGCAGACAACAAAAAGAAGAAGCAACUCACAAGCAACAAGAAGACACAAAGGUAAAUGAGAAAAAAAAUGAAGGAGCUUUCUAUAGAGAAGGAAGAAGCUACUCACAAUCUCUAUGA